AUGUCAGGGCGACGGUACGUGCGGCAAAACAAAUUACAGGGAAAUUGCGUCACCUGCAGGAAUUUCCACUCAGCAUUGUCAAAUGCCACCAGAAAUCGCUGGACAUGUUGUAACAUUAAUUUGACAUUUUACGGCCCAGGACUGGGAUCGUCGGGAACGAGGCAUGGGCGGGCCGAGGAGCAAACAUCCAUAUGCAUAUCGGUCGGAGGACUCCUUAACAAUCUGGUCCCAGACCGCAGAACAACACAGGACAAGGAUUAA